CGCAGCUGCUAGCGCCCAUCAACACAAAUGCCAGCAACAAUGUGGAGCAAUCUGUCAGUAGAGGUGCGUCUGCUGUUGAUGUAGGGACCCGAAGUGGCUUCAAGGACUCAAACGCUCUAGUCGAGAGCUUAGUUUCAUCAGGUCUUGGACAACAUGCUAGUCUGACUCCGGUUAUCGAAGAACCCGAGGGAGGAUCGUCUCGAGGUGGGACGCCGCGGUCACCCACCGGGUCGCUAACUAUGGCCGCUAGAAUCCAGGCACACGUAGAGGCGAUGAUGCGGGAGAGUCGGGAAAACGAUGGGCCGCCAGCAGUGCAAAUUCGUACGUUGCACGAUAGCGCAAAGGGGCCGUCUGAAAGAGCAGGAGGUCCUGCUGAUAGCGCAAAGCCAAGCAAGCUUCAGAAGGGUUCAUCUGGCUGGUCUUCGUCGUUGUUUCCUUCGGUUCUAGACGAUCUUGGAGAAGAGGAGAGUAGCGCUGUAGCUACAGUCAAGCGAGCAGUCC